AUCAUCUACGAUCGGUCAAUCAAGCAUCAAGCUUUUGCAAGUAGGCACAAAGAUUUCAUAGCUUUGAAUACUUUAAAAAAUUUCAUCUCUAUUUGAUCAUUAGUCCAAGAUGACUACUAUACUGAUUUUCACAUCCCUACUAGCAAUGACACAGAACGACAAAGUUCCAUUCUAUUUUCCUUGUUCUGUGACUACACACCGAAUUCUAACCUAAAAAAUUGACACGUCGAUUUGCGAAAUGCUUCGAUUUCUCUGUCUCUCUCCUGCACGCGAAAACCCAUGCCAGUGAAACUUGCACGUACGUUGCAGCAAGCAAAACAUCUCACCUUCAGUCCCUGUAUUUUUCAAACUUGUUUUAAUAAAAAUAUGUGAAGCUCUUUUCACCAAUAAAAAAUGGAAACCAGCUUAGAAGAAGCCAAUAGAAAAACGGAAAGCGAGGACCCUGGACCGACGGAUAAGAAAGAAAACGAUGCAAACCCAAUGACGUCGGACCACUCCGAGUACGAUAGUGCCGAUAGUUAUAGCGAUGAAGGAGACAGCAAAGACGCUAAGCUGAGGUCCAGGAGCUCCGAUCCUGGAAACCACAGCAAUUCGGAAAGCGGUGGAAGCAUCACUUUGGAGCGUGAAGAGGGAGAUGGGCAAGAAAGCGCUCCACAAAAAAAGGUGGAUGAUGAUGAAGAUAAGAAGAAUCCACAGUAUAUUCCUAAACGAGGGACUUUCUAUGAGCAUGAUGAUCGUACGUUAGAAGAGGAGGGUGAAGUCCAGGUAGCAGAGGUUGAGAAAGAUGGUAAAAAGAAAGUUUGGCAAGAUAAGAAGGAAAGAUGGGCCCAUGAUCGAUUCAAUGAAACAGAGCAGUCUCCAAAAACCAAAUCGGAAUUGAUCAAUAUCUAUGGAUAUGAUAUAAGAAAUGAGGAAGGCCCUCCCAGAGCUAGAAGACGUAGAAGAUACGGUCGUGGACCAAAUAAAUACACGCGUAACUGGGAAGAUGAGGAAGCCUACAAUAAACCGGCUCCGAAGGCAAAGUUGCCUGCUAAGAAACAAUCUAGGCCUAUCAAGAACGUAGAAGACUUUCCACCUCUCAUCAGUGAUCAGUCAGGAGAUACCCACCCAGCAAAUGAUUCGAUUGAUAGCUCAGAAGAUCGGCGCGAUUCUGUUGACAGACAGGCUGCUUUCCAGCCACCUGCUGCAGCAGAAAACUCUCCGGAGCAGAUUAAUAGGAGCAGAAAUUAUGCUCAGGAGGCCUACCAAGAGAGAAGUGGCCAACGUAUGGGAUCUGAUCGGCCAACAAAGCCCAAGAAAGAAAUCAAGGAUUCUGAUUACCGGGGCUUCACCACUAAGACGCGUCAACAGAGACCUAUCAAGACUGAUCAGCAAAAGGUACUGCCGCGUAGCCAGCAACAACCGAAGCCGGACUUUAUCCAAACUCAGAACUACACGAACAAGUCGCGCGACAAUGCCCCGCAGUCGAUCCAGGAUAUGGAGAAGGAGAUGAGCAAACUGAGCGUGGACGGGGUGUACAAAGGGGGCAACAAACACGGCUCUCAAAGACAAGGUAGCGUGCCGCCGCGCUUGCAAUCCGAGCACUCGAAGGGGUCGAAAAGGUACAGCUCGAUGAGGCAGAGGUCUUUGCCUGAGGCGAAUACACCACCUGCCGCUGCAUAUCCUACUACUUUCUACCCAAAUGAGUACAACGGUCAAGGCCAGCAACCUCUUCCCCCCACUGCGCUACCGCCGCCGCCUGCGGCCGCUCCAUUAAUCCCCGCGCAGUACCCGCCCACCGGGUUCCCGCCGGGCGCGGCGCCGCCCCCUUUCGUGGCAGCUCCGCCUCAAUUCAUCCCCCCUCCGCCGCAACAACCGCAGAUCAUCAACUUUGUUCAGGCGGCCGCAGCCGCGGGACAACCACCCUUCGCCCCGCCCAAUUUCCAGGGGUACCAACAGCAGUUCAACCCUGUGACACAGCCUCCGGCUGAGCUGUACCAACCCCAGGGCAUCACGUACUACUCGACGGAUCAACAGGUGGGCCAACAGAGGCCAGCGCCUCAGAAACGGCCCAAGGCCGCGAUACCGAUCGUCGCGCCUCCUGAGCAGAAAAAGGACGACACAGACGAAUUACAGACGAUCGAAAGCGGCGGUGCUCUCUCCGAGGCCCUAGACGCGAAGCAAUGAUGGUUGGCAGUAUAUUAUUUUUUCGAUUAAGUUGUUGGCUUUUUAUUGUAAUUGGUUGGAGAAGGUCGGCCAUCAGUUGUUAUAAAAACUGCAAUAGUGACAUGAACUAUAAAUCUCUAUCAGUCUGGAAUCACAGUUGUCGAUAAUUCAGAAUAUCAUCGAUCUUUGAUAGCGGAUUUUGAAAACAAAGUAUCAGGUUCAAUGUAACAAACGGAGAUAGAGUAUUUCAUGAAUCAUCUGGCACGCAAGACGCUUAGAAUCACAGCCCGGAUUAGUAAUAUGUGUUCGAUGGUUUGAUUUCAAUAUAAAGGACCCCGCACAAAGCAUAUGGAGAAUGGGUCCCAGUCCUGAAUGAAAACACUCAUGGGUCCAGAGCAAUCCUAUAAUUGGUUUCUGAGAAAUAGGGCGGUAAGUUUUCCCAAUUUGUAAAAGUGGUGAAUGUGUCGAUUGUAGUUUUCAGACCAAAAACUCGGAAAAUUGUUAUACUGAAAUAAAUAAUUGCUUAAAGCACCUUGAAGUAAGGUAUGGGCAGGUAUAAUGUUGUUCAUCUUAGCUACGAUCUUUACAAGGUCAAUUUAAGGCAAGUUGAUUUUUAUAUGCUGGAAUGGAUGUGGCACCAAUUGUUCGGGAAUUCAAAAAAAUAACUCGAAAAGGACACUU